AAGUAAAGCUUGAAUAGAAGUGAGAAAAAGUCAUACUUUUGACCAUACAUAGAUGUAGUUUCCAAACCGUAGCAGCAACUUGUGGCAACUCGCAAACACGGUAAUCUAUUUGUACACGAUAUUUUCAGCACCCUUUUCCUUCCCCUGCAAUCCACCAUGUCCUCCUUCAAACUCCACGUCAUCAUCAUCUUUCUAUAAAUAUCCACAACAAACUACGAUAACACGUUAACAUUAAUCAUUAUUUGCCCUUGUAACCCACAUUAUGAGCACGAACGAGAAGAAGAAGAAAAAGUCGUCUCUAUUGAGCCGCCUCAGGGUGGCGGUGCAGAAGGUGAAGUUGCUACUAAACGCCACCGUACUCAGCCACGCGUGGCAUGCUGCAACCAUUCUCCGCGGCGUUUCUCUGAGCAAACGCCAGAUCAGUUUCAACGACCGACCAGGGUUGAUGAUGUGCACUGCUUCCGAUGAAACUGAUUCAGAGGAUUUGGUUUCUCCAGCGCAUAGCCUUCAGAGGACCAUAAGUUGUCCCUCCGAUGAUGAUAUCGAUAAGAGAGCAGAGAUGUUUAUAAAUAAUUUCAGACGCCAGCUUAAGAUGGAGAGGCAAAUCUCGCUGCAGCUACGUUAUUGCAGGGAGAAUAGUCUUGAAUUGGUGUCUCCCUGAAUAAUUGUUCAGUUUUCUUGAAAUGGAGGACUUUUGUGUUUUUUUUCCGAGAAGGAUCUCCAUUUUUGCCGUUCGCGUUGAUCGCCACGAGAACAUGUACAAAAAUUGUGAAAAAAUGAUUUUGGAGUGAUUUUGAAGGAUAAGUUUUAUGGUUUUUUUUUUUUUUUUUCAUUUGUAAAGUUUUGGAUUUUUGGGAUUGUUUUAAUCUUGGGUGAUUUGCAGCAAUUAGAAUAGCUUGGGAGCAUAUGCUGUUUUUGUUAGCUGCUCCUUUUCUUUCUCAUUGUCCCUACUAUAAUAAAAUAAAUCAUUCUAGAAAAGAAUAUUCCUUCAA